AUGUACCUAACGCCUCUAUUCUUCACACCUGGCUUCGCCACCAGGUACGACUACGUCCGCGUCGGCAAGUGGAUCGACGGACUCGACCUGCGCGUCGACGACGUCGACUUCGGCGACGACAACGCCGACGUGCCGUGGUCGCAGUGCAGCCGACCGUGCGCGUCGGGCGAGGUGAAGAAGAUGCAGCAGGGAGAGAUGUGCUGCUGGUUCUGUCAGAAGUGCGAAGGUUGGCAGUACCUCAUCGACGAGUUUACGUGUCGAGACUGUCCGCCCGGCUGGUGGCCGCGCCGCAACGUGCGCGACUGUUUCCCGCUGCCGGAAAACUACAUCCACUGGAAUUCCAUCUACGCCAUAGUGCCCAUGGUGAUCUCGCUCGCCGGCGUCGUCAUGACGACGGCCGUCGUCGUCGUCUUCGUGUUGCAUAACGACACGCCCGUGGUUCGCGCGUCGGGGAGGGAACUCAGCUACAUGCUUCUCUCCGGGAUCCUCGUCUGCUACCUGAUAACGUUCUCGCUCCUCGCGAAGCCCUCGGCGGCCGUCUGCGGACUGCAGCGAUUCGGCGUCGGAUUCGGUUUCAGUACGAUGUACGCCGCGCUGCUGACGAAGACGAACCGGAUCAGUCGGAUUUUCGACAGCGCGAGUAAAUCCGCAAAGCGGCCGAGUUUCAUCUCGCCCCGAUCGCAGGUGGUGAUUGCUCUGGUGCUCGUGUCCGUGCAGGUUGUCGGCGCGUGCGCGUGGUUGAUCGUAGAGCGGCCGCAGACUAGGCAGUACUAUCCGGAGGGCAGACGCGAGGAGGUGAUCCUCAAGUGCGACAUCGACGAUUCGUCGUUUCUCAUCUCGCUCGCCUACGUGAUGCUGCUGAUCAUCACGUGCACGGUGUACGCGGUGAAGACGAGGAAGAUACCGGAGAACUUCAACGAAAGCAAGUUCAUCGGCUUCACGAUGUACACAACGUGCAUCGUGUGGCUGGCGUUCGUGCCGAUCUACUUCGGAACGUUAAACAAUUACGAGGUGAGUGCGACGUCCGUCUGUUUGUCUGUCUCUCUCUCUGUUUAUUCGUCUAUCUCUGGUGGCAAAAUCGCAUUGACUAGUUACUGGUCUCAUCAGGACUAA